UUGGUUUGACAUUUAACUUGUGUUGCCAUUUCAACUUGGUAUAGAAAAAUUUCGCUCAUCAAUUAAAUUAAAUGAAAGUAAAUAGACUAUAAAAUGUGCUAAGUUUAAAGAGAUGCAAAAUUUAUUACAAAUUUUGAGCAGAAUAGAAUGGAAACAGAUGAUUUCUCGCAUUUAACUGAAGACUAUAGGUUGGAACACACAGAUUUGGAUAACGAAAUGUCGAAUGAAAUGUUUCAACAUAACUUAUAUUUGGAUGACCAGGAGGUGGAUGAAAAUGAGCCAGACGAUGUUAUCAUUUUACAUAUGGACAUACGUGAGCCGCUACGGGCUUUGCAAAAACUGGCCGAAAAGAAAAUUGGCAUGAAUCUAAAGGGUUACAAAUUCUAUUUGCAAGACACGCAGGAGUUGGAACCGCAUAAAAAUCUUGUAGAUCAGUGCGUAAAAGGCGAAGGACUUGUACAAAUUAAUGUACAGAUACAAACGACAGAACAGCAUAUAAAUAUAGUGGAUGUUUUGAAACCAACAGAGGCGGCGUUGGCCGCUUUGGCUGCUGAAGAAACCAAAAAUUCUGAGAAGAAUGAAGAUUCCGAGAAGAAGCCAUGUCUCAACUGGGUUUUAGACAAUAAAUUCAAAAAAGAACAAACUCGGCUUAAGAUACCAGAAGAUCCUAACGAGUGGACAAUCGCUCAAGUGAAGCAUUGGUUUCAAUGGGCUAUACGACAGUUUGAGUUGAGCGGUGUCAGCAUGAGUGAUUGGCACAUGACUGGAAAAGAACUUUGCUCCUUAACGCAUGAAGAAUUUCGCCAAAAGCUGCCACGAGACCCAGGGAAUGUUUUCUGGACCCACUUACAGCUACUCAAGGAAUGUAAAUUCGUUUCAAUUGUACAUAAAAUAGUUGAGGAUCGUGGAAGUUCUGCCGGUGGCGCAAAGGUAACUUCCAAUCCUGCUGGUUCGUUGUCGACGCCAAUGAAAGAAAUGAAAAUAAUGCGCAAAACUAGCGUAAGCGCAACAAAGAGCUACUCGCCUUUACCUUUGGACGGUUCAUCUACAUUCACUGUACUCAGCAACAGCAACAGCGGUGGCGGUGGCAGUGGCAGUUCUGGCGGUAUCGGCAAUAGUUAUAGUGGCAUAGGUUCAGGUAAUAAUGGCCAAGUACAACUGUGGCAAUUUCUACUCGAAAUUCUCACCGACCGUGAGCAUAGGAACAUCAUACAAUGGGUUGGCAUCGAGGGUGAAUUUAAACUUAUCGACCCGGAGUGUGUGGCACGUCUAUGGGGUAUUAAAAAGAAUAAGCCCGCAAUGAAUUAUGAAAAGCUAUCACGAGCAUUGCGUUAUUACUAUGACGGCGAUAUGAUAUCAAAAGUAUCGGGCAAGCGCUUUGCCUAUAAGUUCGAUUGUGAUUUAAAGCUGUUGAUUGGUUAUGAUGCAGCAGAGCUAUCACAAUUAGUAAAUGAGAAAACUUUUCUGGAUGAGUCGAUGUAUUUCAAACAUGAAACAUUGCAAGAUGAAUUUAAACAACUAACAGACGAUGGGUGACAUGAUGGCGAAUGCGCCGAAUUCAGAGUGAAAACAGAGCCCGUUUGCACGCUGGAAAUAGAGCCUUACCUCGUGUGCGAAGAUCAAGAUGAAGACGAAGAGGAAGAGAAUAAUUAAUUUAUGAAUUGCGUUUUGAUUUCUUAUUUAGUUUUUUACUGUGACAAAAUAUUUUAUUUACAUUAUUGGUAUUCCAUCUAUGGCGUUCAUAACAUACGAAAAAAUAUAAUUUCACCAUUUUAUUUAAAUCAUAAAAAAAAAUUAUU